AUGGGCCAAAACUCAUCACAACCCGAGGGAAUCCCCGAGAUUCCUGAUGACUUCGGAGUUGUCGUCCCCGAAACUCCGUAUUCAGAAGAGGACUCGUCAGAGCUCAAAAAGAGAGACAAGAAGAAUCGCCAUGCGAAGAAGAAGGAGAAGAGGGAGAGAUUGAGUCAACACAAAGAGGUCAAUGGCAUAGGAACUCCACCUCCAGACGACAAUGCGAAGCCCUCGAAGCGAAAGCGCGAGGACGAACCCGAGCGCAAGAAGUCUAAAAGAAAGCACCGCAAGGAUGAUGCGCAACAUGAGACAGAGUCACCUUCCACGACGCAUGGUUUAAUGUCCAGCCAAGCCACCCCAUUGAAGCUCGAAAGUUUGGACAAGAAAGCUCGGAAGUCUAGCAAACAUAAGAAAGAUUCCAAUGGCACAAAGGCCCCUGCUUCUCGGGCUGCCAAGCGCAAUACCGACAGCAAGAACAAUGUGCGAGGCCCAAGAGUAAGAGAGGCAGACAACAAGACAAUCGGCUUCUACACCCCCGAGGAACUCGAGAAGAUCGAGUCACAUAAGGUCAAUUUCUGUAAAUUGCAUGGAAUCUCCAGCCUCACGUUCGACGAGUUGGUCCACCACUCAGAGCGUGGAUCCCAGGAUUGGCCACUCCCCACAGCGACCAUAUCCAAAUCCGAAUUCUGGGACGAGAUUUACUGUCUUCUUCCUGGCCGUGAUCGCCGCUCCGUGUACCGAUUCAUGCGCCGACAUUUCCAGGGCUCAUCUCAACGGGCACAUGACUGGUCACCAGAGCAAGAUGAAGAGCUCAUUGAGCUGCAUGAAUCACAUGGACCGAAAUGGACGUACAUCGGGAGACUGCUCGGUCGCAGUGAUGAUGACGUUUGGCAACGCUGGAAGAACAAGCUCAGAUACAAAGAUACUAUGAAUCGCGGCUCAUGGUCCGAAGAGGAAGCAAAGCUCUUCCUAGAGGCCAUGCAGGCAGUCUGGGAAAGUCUGAGCCACACCCUCAAUAAAGAAGAGAAACGCAAAUCUUUGGGCAAAGACUUCUAUGAAAUGGACGAGACUCUGGUCCCCUGGGGUACCAUUAGCGCCGCAUUGGAUAAUAAAAGAUCCGAACAACAGUGCUCUGACAAAUUCCGCAAGCUUCGGCCUGUUGUCAUGAAAAUGCGAACCAAUGGCAACCCAGACGCUGUCUUUGAUUACGAGAAGUCUGCUAGGAGGGCUCGCCAUUGGAACAGAAAAUUGGGCGACCAUCACAAAAGCGAACAAUACGUGAAAGAUGAUGACAGCGACGUGGAUAUGAAAGCCAACGAGGUUCAAGAGACCCGGGGCUCUCAUCCAACCCAAACACAAGUGCUUUCCGAAAUUAUGCGGGACAUGAGCCAUGCCCCCACCGAGCACGCUGAGUCUGAGUCUGAAUCUGAGUCUGAGUCGGCAAAAAAGUCAAAGAAGUCUAAGAAAUCAAAGAAUUCGAAGCCCACUGAGGUUCUCAAUGCAGACGCAGAGGCCGUGUCGUCUCCUAAGACCAAAGAAGAGAAGAAGCGCGAGAAGAAGGAGAGACGUGAGAAACAGAAGCAAGAGAUUGCUGAUAGUGAACUGACGUCAGAUAAAACCGCGCGCAAGGAGCGUAAGAAGCAAAAGAAAGAGGAAAAGGAGAUAUUGGAGGCAGAAGAACGCCGUGCCGCGGAAGCAUCGAGUAGUGAGGCACAGAGUGAGCCUAGAGCGAAGAGGUCCAAGAAGUCCAAGAAAGCUUCCAGUGACGCUGACCACAGCUUCGACAGUGACAGCGACAACUCUCAAUCUUCCUCUGCUGCUGUCUCUUCAACCUCCGCCACCGCUGCCACUACCCUAGUUCCCGAUGAGUCCGAUAGUGACGAGGAAGAGAUUGACAGCAAUGCAAGCGUCAAGUUCGAAUCCAGCUUGGAGUAA